AUGUUGUUAUCAAGGGCAGUCUGGCUGCUUUUCUCGCUAGUCCAACUGGGCUUUGCGGCCGAGGAUUAUUACAAGGUUCUUGAAAUCGACAGAAAUGCCGACGAAAAGGCCAUCAAGAUCGCAUAUAGGCGACUGAGCAAAAAGUACCACCCGGACAAGAACCCCGGCGACUCCACAGCAGAGGGCAAGUUCGUGCAGGUCUCGGAGGCAUACGAGGCCCUCAUCGACAAGCAGACACGUCGCAUCUACGACCAGCACGGCCACGAGGGUCUGAAGCAGCACCAGCAGGGCGGCGGCGGCGGCGGGCACCACCACGACCCCUUUGACCUGUUCUCGCGCUUCUUUGGCGGCGGCGGGCACUUCAACUCUGGCCAGCGGCGCGGGCACGACGUCGAGGUCAAGCUGGCCGUGUCGCUGCGCGACUUCUACAACGGCCGCGCCACCGAGUUCCAGUGGGAGAGGCAGCACAUCUGCGAGGAGUGCGACGGCAGCGGCUCGGCCGACGGCGUCGUCGAUCAGUGCUCCGCAUGCGGCGGCCACGGCGUGCGCGUCCAGCGCCACCAGAUCGCCCCUGGAAUGUACCAGCAGGUCCAAAUGCAGUGCGACGCCUGCGGCGGCCGCGGCAAGUCCAUCAAGCACAAGUGCAAGGCGUGCGGCGGCGCGAGGGUCGUGCGCAAGCCCACCACUGUGCAGAUCAACAUACAGCGCGGCGCGGCGCGCGAUUCUCAGGUCGUCUUUGAGAACGAGGCAGACGCGAGCCCGGAUUACGUUGCUGGAGACCUCGUCGUUACACUAACGGAGAAGGCGCCCUCUCUGGAAGAGGACAACCCAGACCACGUCGACGGAGUAUUCUUCCGCCGCAAGGGCGACGAUCUGUUCUGGAAGGAAGUCAUCUCACUGCGCGAGGCCUGGAUGGGCGACUGGAAGCGCAACAUUACACAUCUCGACGGGCACGUCGUCGAGAUUGGCCGGAAGCGAGGCGAGGUUGUCCAGCCUGGUCACGUAGAGAUGGUCCAGGGCGAGGGAAUGCCCAAGUGGCACGAGGAUAUCGACAGCGUGUACCACACUAUCGAGUUCGGCAACCUGUACGUCGAGUACACUGUCGUACUUCCUGACCAGAUGGACAGCGGUAUGGAACAGGAGUUCUGGUCAGUGUGGGAGAAAUAUAGGCAAAAGAUUGGCGUGGACCUGCACAAGGACAGUGGAAGGCCAGACAAGCCAGUGAUGGCCUCUGGUCAUGAUGAGUUGUGA